AUGUGCUUCUUCAGCCUGGUUCUGGUGCCCAGUCUCAGGAGCGUUGAAGACAAGCAGGUUCUUCAUGGAGUCAGACAUGGCCUCCUUCGCCUCGUCCUCAGAGUCCUCAAAGUUCCUUUGGGGCAAAGCAAAAGACGUCCCCAGGUGGAGCACACAGACUCAGAGUACCUGGAGUCCAGACAGGUGUGGAGCACCAGAGACGUGGCCUUGCAGGUGCACAGCGGCUUCAGGGUGCUGGGCCUCUUCUCCCACGGCUUCCUGGCGGGCUGUGCGGCGUGGAACAUGGCGGUGGUCUACGUGCUGGCGGGCGAGCACAUGUCGUCACUCAGCAACCUGCUGCAUCAGUACCACUCGCUGGCCUACGCUGCUCAGUCGCUGCUCUACCUGCUGCUCGCCAUCAGCACCGUGUCCGCCUUCGACAGAGUGAACCUGGCCAAGGCCUCCAUGGCUCUGAGAGGUAUCAUCACCUUGGAUCCUGCAGCUCUGGCAUCGUUUUUGUAUUUCAUGGCACUGAUCCUGGCCCUCAGUCAACAAAUGACCAGCGACCGUAUCAGCCUCUAUCCUUCAGCCAAUCACACGCUGUGGCCUCCUGGUUCUGAGGAGCAGAUCUUGCGACCGUGGAUGGUGGUCAACCUGGUGGUGGCGUUGUUGGUGGGCGUGGCUUGGGCCGUCAUCGCCACAAGGCCAGACAUUGACUACACAGAAGAGUUCCUGAUGUCCAUGGAGGUGGAAGGUUAUCCCAGAGGAGAAGACAACAUUCCUGCCUAAAACAUUGUCCAAGUGUCCUGCACACCAUUUAUUUUAUUUUUUUCUACACUUUAAGUCCAAAUAAACACAGCAUCUUCUUGUC